ACGAUUGUAAGAGGCUUCAAUCUUUGCCAGAGCUUCCAUCCAAUAUCAGAUUUGUUAAUGUGGAUGGUUGUACUGCAUUAGAAAGAUUAUCAAAUGUUUUAGGAUUAUGUAAUUUGGAGUUGUCAACAAUUUCAUGCCUGAACUGCUUGAAAUUAACCCGCUGCAAUAGUAAGCCAUUUUCAAUGCUGAACGAACACCUUGAUAAGGCAGUGUCAAAACUAAGAGAGAUAUUUGACGUCAAUAAGAGGCAAAGGCAGUUCCAGAACAUGGAUGUGUUUAGUUUGGUUGUUCCUGAAAGUAAAAUUCCAGAGUGGUUCAAUCAUCAGAGUGAGGGUUGUUCAAUUACAGUAGAAAGGCCUCCAUAUAUUUAUAACAAGGGUAAGUUUGUCGGAUAUGUUGUGUGUUCUGUUUUUGCUCUCCCUAAGCAUCCGCCUCUAAGCAAUAGUCAGUAUCACUGGGGACAUUUGAUCUCAUGUACUGUAAAUGUUGAUUUCUAUUUUGGUCCCGAUCCCUGUAUUCGCUUUAAAAAGGAGUUCGCCGAAGUUGUGUCACACCAUCUUUGGAUACUAUAUUUUCCUCGUCACCAUCAAAAACUCAAAAAAUCUAAUCGUUCGAAACAUGAUCGUGUGGGUUUUGGAUUUAAUACAAGCCCGGGAUUGGAGAUGAAAAGGUGUGGGUUCUGUCCAAUAUACGAGAAUGAUGUCAAAGAGUUUUACAAAAUAACGAGCUCCAAUCAUGAUUUUGGAAUUUGAAUGAUCUUAUUAGAUGAUCUACUAAACGUCAUGCUAGUAUGAUGGAGCUAAUUUUGUGUGGGAAUUAAUUGCUUUGUAUAGGCUUUCAUGUUGUGUACAUUUCCUUGUAGGGAAAGUUGAUAAUGUUGAUGUCGGACAUUAUUAUUUGAAAUAGUAAAGAAUACUGGUACAGCAGAGAGCAAGAGUUGAAUGAAAGGGAAUUAAAACUUAAUGUAUUAUUCUCUUUCAACUAGGGGUGAGCACGGGUAACGG